AUGGCGUCGCUGGAAAGCUCGGGCCACUUCGACCAAGAUGCGCAUGUCCGGAUGGCAAUGAAGUAUUUGGAGGAGAAGAAGGUGAAGACUUUGCUGCGUGACUUGACGCAGUCGCUUCUUCUUGCCCAGCCGGCGGAUCCCAGAAGCUACAUCUUGGAAGAGUUGCGCUCUGAGACUUCCGGGCCUUCAGGCAGCAGUCCGAGCACGAAUGCCUGCGCUUUCCUGAAGUCUUCGAGAUCCUCCGCGCGAGAUGCGGUGCGCGAGCUCCUUCGAAGUGCGAAGGAUGGCCUGGGCGUGCAGGCUGUGUCUUUCUUCUCAGCUCCCAAGGGCCGUGGCCGUAGUGUUUUGGGCCUUGGCGAUGCGCAGCAGCUUUCCGGCGAUGCCUUCAUCCUGGUGGACAGUUCAGACGGUCGCAGCCCAGGGGAAGCAGGUUCAAGCGUCGUCGCGGAGUGCCUGGGUUCCGCCCUUGCAAGCGAGUCGGGUGCCGCAGCCGACACCUGCGUUGCAUGGCCCGUGAGAAGCGCGCAGGGUGUGGAGGGUGUCUUGCUUGCUGAGCUCAAUCUGCCUGCAGAGGUGAGCGAGAAGUUGUCCAGUUUGCAGCUGUAUGCACUACUCCUGGAAGAACGCCUCAACUGCAUCCACUGGGAGGCUGAGGCGCGCCGGUCUGCAGCAGUGGUCGAGAGCCUGCUGCAAGGGGUGGAGGUUCUCGCCAAGCCGUCUGAAGAAUGGCGGGAAAGCAACAUCCAAAGUGCCGCCGAGGUGCCCAAAGAGGUCCUCAGAGGUGGCAUCGAGCUGCCGGUAGCAUCGGUUUGGGAAGCGGACGACAGGUUGGGCUCCUUUGUCAAAGUAGGAGGUGCAGAAGGACGAAACAGUCCGAGCGCUUUGACGACGGAGGCGUUCAGGUUAAGUUCCGAAGACGCCGCGCGAGUCAUUUGCGCUGAGGGAUCAUGGGACGGUUCCGGGAGCAAGCCAACUUCCUCAAGGGAAAUCUGCAUUGUGCUGCAUGGAAUCGGCAAGCCCACUGUGCUGGAUUUUUCCGACGAUCCGAGCUCCAAGGCAGUGGAACCGCUGAGGUUAGAUCACUUCGACAUAGUUGCAGCGGAAUCGCUCUGCGCGUCUUCCCUGCGGGCCGCGCUGCAGGCCCAGUCCAUGAUCAGCGAGUUAACCAAAAGAAAGCAUUCAGCAGAACAGAUGCAGUCUUUGGUCUCCGAGCUGAGCAUGACCGCGAGCACCACGGACUUGGUGUGCAGCAUCGAAAAAGCUGUGCAGGCAGUGACCCAGGCCAGUAAGUGCAUGGUCUUCUUCAUCGAUGAUGACGAGGCCUGGGCUCCUCCGACGGCUACGGUGCCGGAGCCCGCACGCAUGGUCUUGGACGUCGGGCUGCCGGGGAGAAUCGCCAUGCUGGCCAAGGAGCGAUCCGAGCCUCUUGGGGCGUUGAUUUACAACGAUCCCGCCACCUGCCCGUACUGGGAUGACGUGGAGUUUGGCGUGGACCAGAAGGCUAGCGUCAUGGUCGCUCCUAUCAUGAGUGCUGGGAAGGAUCUGAAGCCCCUUGGCCUCAUUGUGGCCAGCGCCAAGAUGGCCAGGUCCAAAGAGGGCGAUUUGCUGUCCAAGCUGUGGGGCCCCAUCAGUGUGGACUUUACGCAGCAAGACGCAGACUUCCUGGAGUGGCUUGCAAGCGCAGCCAGUAGCCACCUGGACCGCCUUUCGCUGGACGUGAUGUGGACACGGGCACUUCUGGAACGCGAAGGGGGCGAAGGCGCUGCACAGGACGAAUCCGAAGACUUGCUUGUCUCGGAGUACUACACAGAGGAGGCGAUGGCGACCAGGUCUAGAGCCCGAACGGAUGGGAGCACCGGAAGAACUGGAAGCAAGGCCUCCGGUCACGGUCGAUCCGUGGGUCGUGUGAAUACAGUUCACAAGUUUAUGGGUCACGUUGCCACCGCUCUGGACUUCACCUCUUCGAAGGGCAUGUUGGCAUUAGUGCAGGAGGUGGAGAAGACCUGCAUCAGGGACCUGGCUGCGGAACCUCAUGUGGACGUGUCACAGUGGGAGAUCGAUUACUGGGUCUUGACGUCACAUGAGCAAUUUGUGCUGCUGGUGACGGCUAUACGUCAGCUGGACAUUUUCGAUCACCUUAGCAUCGACGACGGUGUCCUCAUGCGCUUCUUCCAGGCCGUGAAGAACACUUACAGAAGCGUCCCGUUCCACAACUUCCACCAUGCAAUGUCCACCACGCACUAUGCUUCGAAGAUGGCAAAGCAGGUGGCCGAUCUUUCGGCGUACUUAACGUACCCGGAGCUGUUCGCCCUUGUGGUUGCAAGCUGA